CGGCCUUCGGAAUGUUCUCGGCGGGUACCAUAGAGGCGGCGUUCCUCCAGCCCGCCUAGAGGGGCUGGCCAGCGAGCGGGUGGAGGCGGCCAUUUUCACGUGACGCUGGGAGUGCGGUAGUGGAGGUGACGGAGCGGGCCGAGCGAUGUGGACUGUGCUGGGCAGGCUUGCUACACUCGCAGCGUUGCCAGUCCGGGCCCGGCAGUCCGUUCUUCACGUCGUGCCCGCGGCCACUGAAGCCUUCACCGCAGCCUGCCUUACCAUGGCCACCCACGGCCCGGAGCAGGGCGAGCGGAUGAAGUGUGUUAAGGGAGACCUGUUUUCCUGCCCCCCGACGGACGCGUUGGCACAUUGCAUCAGUGAGGACUGUCGCAUGGGUGCAGGGAUAGCUGUUCUUUUUAAGAAAAAGUUUGGAGGCGUCGAAGAGCUGUUAGGUCAACAAAAGAAGACUGGGGAGGUGGCAGUUCUCCAACGAGAUGACCGAUAUAUUUACUACCUGAUUACAAAGAAGAAAUUUUCUCACAAACCAACAUAUGAUGACAUGCGGAAGAGUUUAGAAGCCAUGAAAACUCACUGUCUAAACAAUGGAGUUACUGAUAUUUCUAUGCCUAAAAUUGGGUGUGGACUGGACGGCCUGGAUUGGGAUAAAGUUUCAGCAAUACUUGGGGAAGUGUUUGAAAACACAGAUAUAAAGAUCACUGUUUAUACUCUCUGAACAAAAGAGUCUCAUUUCUCUGGCUUUCAACAGCGGCAACUUCUUAACUGAGGAGGGGGAAAACUGCAUGCUGAGCACAGCUCACUCGUGUGUUGGUGGUGGCCGUGGCUCUAAAAGAAAAUAAAAAGCUCAAAAGUCUCAGAGCAGCUGAUUUGGGAUGUAGUAUUCAGGGAACCCGUGUUGAAAGCAGGGGUAUUGUGACUCUCAGGGAGUUCCCAGUCUGUCCCAGCAAGCCACCAGAUGUCACUCGUCCUCCACAGAGCACCUGCCUGCACUGGAGCCUCCUACAGCUGGCAGUUCCUGUGCAGUGAAAUUGGAGCUGUCUAAUGCUUGGAUAUUUGUUGUUCUGGUUCAUAAUGAUGACCUGUGCAGCCUCGUCUAUUUUUAUUUUCCAGGAUUUGCAGUGUUCAUAUAUAGCAUAUGUAUUCUCUGCAGGAUUAAAAAGUAGUUUUUGUAUCUUUUGGACAUGAGCACUUUUUAAAAAUGGAAUUGUACACCAGAAGAAUUGUGCUGUCAACAUGCAUGUGACAGCUGUUCAGUACUCUGCUGUCAGAUCAGAGUCCGUGCAAAUGUCUGUACGUGUGGUGGCUGUAGGCAGUGGGAGGAAAGCAGAGUUCUGGAAGGGAAUGCUGGAGGCUUACAAAGACGCCUGCUGGUGGUUCUGUGCGUUCUGUGGGUGUGAUUGGUGUCACAUGCAGCCCUCUGUUUUCUGAGCCCUUGCAUAUGAAUGACUGACAUGGUGUUAAAAAUAUAUGGAAGCUAAGGUUUUUCUGUGUUUGUUUUGCUUUACUGUGUUUGUAGUUUGGCUGGUACACGUUUGGUGUCACCAAAUGUGAAAAUCAGUGCCAGCUCGUUAGGCCAUGGCUGAACACUUGAUUUGGGGAAGUUUGGUUCCGGUACUGAACAGCUAACAUCAAGUAUUUCCUUUGAGUUUGAUGUUUACCCUCUGCCCUGUAAUACCAAAUCUUUCUACUUCUGUCACAUCGAAUGCUCACAGAAAUGCCAGAAAUAUUGAUUAAACCGAAUAGAUGGGACAGCUGAGAAGUUGAUAGUGGGAAGAAAGGUUUUGAGUUGCUUCUUGCUACUCAUUGAAUGUAUGGAGCCGUUCCUGUUCUGACUUUAUGGGUGAAUCUGUACUGUGUUUUUCUUUGCUAAUGGAGAUCUGCAGAUUCUGUUUGUGUCUUUAAGAACUGCACAGUGUUUCCUUCCCGUUUGACUCCUCUGCUUCUUGGUUUUGGUGGAUAAUUGCUGUAGCCAAAUACAGAGCUGUGAGAAAUAAACUUGAGUGAGACAAAGGAA